AUCAUAAAGUAUGAAAAAGUUCAAAAAAUAUGUGAAAAACUCAACCUUUUUCCAUGUCGAACUAGUGACCGUGUUGACCUAAUGCAUGUCGACCGAAUGACUGUCGACUUAAGUCUUGUAGAACUAAUGACUGUAUCCCGGGGUGACAGAGUGGUGUCCUGUACUUACAUGUGUGCUGUAGCCAUGAAGAACUGCAUUAUAACUACAAUAGAUGAGGUUUAUAUGCUGGUGCCAUAAUAGUCUGGUUUACCCCAGAAAGGUGCAGGUUUGCCCAGGUCAUCUUGCAGACGGAAAUGCACAUUUAUUUUACUUUUUCAGUAAUGUGUUCUGUAAUACACGUGUACAAAAUUAACCAAUUUUCUUAAAUAUUAUAAUUAUCAUUAGCGUAUAUGGCGCCACCAGGGUUCUGUAGCAGUGUACGUAGUGGUUAGAACAUACAACAAAAUUUCAAGUUAGAUUAGACUUUUGCAGACAAGUUUAUAAAUUUCUAAGUACUUGGGGAGAUUCAUUAGUGGUUUGUUAAUAUUAUCCUCCUAUAUUGCACCACAAAGUCUGCUGUGCCAUACAGGGAGCUACAGUAAAGCACAUAAAUAAUACAAGUAAGGCCAAACAAGCAAUACAUGGAGGAAGAAACAUGUACGGAUGUAUACCAGUAAUAGCAGACAAUGACCCAGUGCCGUGAGGGCAGAUGGCCAGUAUCUGUGAUGUGGAGAUAGUGCAAGUUUGUGCCAGCCUGUGUGAGCUUUACAGUCUAGGGACGCUUCAUUGGUGACUGAUAUGCAAACAGCCACCACAUUCACAUCAAUGUGAGGAAAACGUCCGGAGACCUUUAUAAAGAGAAUGCUUCACCCAAGAAAAAAGUAACUGCAAAAAUAGAGGCUGUUAGUGAACAGACAGAAAUGGAAUAUACGACUUAUUUAUACAAAAAAAGAUUAAACCCCAAAUAGAACAAUUCUUUUGUCAGACAUGGAGUAGGGAGCAUUCAUUCAAGCGCCUUUUUACAUCUGAUCCAUGUCCAAAGCAAUUACCAAUGAUUCGGUGAACUGACUUUGUUUGCAUUAUGUCUGCUGUCUGGAUAAGUAUGAACAUCAUCUGGAUUACGGAGUCCCCUAGUCUUGUUCCACUAACUUUGUUUGACUUUACUCGGGAGAAGGUCUGUAAAGAAUUGUUUGCUUAGCCCAGCCUAGCUAAACUCCAGAGCAUCUGCAGCCAUGGUAUAAAAAGUGUGCUGAUUUUAAAGAAUAUAACAGUUGUCAUGGAAGCUGGCCAAGGCUGUCUAGAAGAGAGUUUUGGGAUAAAGUCCUCUUCCUCCACCUGUGAAAUACUGGAUGGCCGUCAUGAUGGUGUCUCUUCCAAAAUGGAAAUGCUCCCAUUACAUACAGGACCAUGUGUGGACCAGCACACUCCAGGGAAGCAGAAAAAGUCUUUCAAAUUCUUUGGAGGGAGGAAAAGUAUCUGUACACUGCCUAGCUUCUUUGGUGGAAAGCAUAAAGGUUUGGCAAAAAGAAACUCCAAAAAAUCACUGAGCAAAAGCAAGACACAUGAUUGCAUCAGCAACGUACCAGGUGAGGAUGGAAAGAAUGAUUACUCUGAUAACAUUGUCAGCAGACAUCAGGGUCAAGAUAACCCAAAGACAAGUAAUACCCUUUCCAGCUCUCAUAGUGCGGACUCUGGUAUCACUUCACCAGUUAAACUUGAUUUCAACUUCCAUGAUGUAUCCCCAAUGGGCAGCACAGAAUGCUUUGACAAAAAGAUAAAUGCAGAGAAAUCCUUCUCAUUUCCUAGACCAAAGAAAGGUUUGAAGGGAUUAUUUAGUAGUAUUCGUCGACACAAGAAAAACAAAACGCCAGAUCCAGAGAAGUUGGCGCAAAAUGAUCAUAAUAAGCAGAAUAUAGCUUUAGAAAAAUUGAAUAAUAAAUAUCGCACUAAGGAUGGGGAUUUGCAAGACAUUAGUGAGCAACCAAAGAUGAACAACCUGGAAUAUGAAGUGCCACCUGAGUGUUCAUUGAAUGUAACAGUUGUGUGUGAGCAGAAAGUGGUGCCAUCGUGUUCGGUAAACCUGGCUACACACACAAUUGAUGAAUCACUUUUAGAAUCCAAUGAGAAACCCUCUCUCCACCAACACCAUGCCAUUAAUUCAGAACUAGACUGCUCUGAUUGUCCAAUUCCCGAAGAAGUAUUCACUGACCCUGGAGAUGCUGAUUACAUUGAUAGGCACACUCCAUCUCAUUCUGCUGGUGACCAGCUAAGCCUCAUAUUCGAGGAUGUUUCAUCCCUAAAGAGUUUUGAUUCCCUUACAGGCUGUGGAGAUAUUAUCGCUGAACAGGACAUUGACAACAUCAGUGAUAAUUCAAUUUCCUUAGAAAGGAAUAGAGAAGCAACAAAGAGAAGUUCUUGCCUUGUUGCUUAUCAAGGGGGAGGGGAGGAGAUGGCAACGCCAGAUGACAUGGAGGAGGAAUAUCUUCAACAGCUAUUGGAAGAUGGCAGUGGACCAGAUGCUAGUUAUGAGCUUGAAAAUGAAAAGGAGCAGGAAGAGAUGUCCAAAGGCUUUAUGGAGUUGGAGGCGAAUGCUGAUUCGAUGGUUGCUGAAGAUGCCUCUGUUGAAGGGACUGGUUUAAGUAACACAGAGUUGUUGACUCCUCAGAGUGAUCAACAAGAGUCUGCUCCCAAUAGUGAUGAAGGUUACUAUGACUCUACUACUCCUGGUCCUGAUGACGAUGCUAAAGAAAGUGUUUCCCAUAAAGAACGUCUUCCAAGAGACAGCUACAGUGGAGAUGCACUUUAUGAGUUCUAUGAACCUGAUGACAGUCUCAUGAGCCCUGCACCGGGAGGAGAGUCUCUAUAUGAUGGCAAAACACUGUGUUCUGAAAUAUUUGAUCAAUUUUUUGACUUCAGCCUUCCCAUCAACAGUGGUUCAAUGCACAAUAUAAAACGCAAAAAGGGGGCAACUGAAACAGAAGAGGAAAGGUUAGCAGUCAUCCAAAAACAGCUGCUGUUGUGGGAAAGACAAAGAGAGGCAGCAUUGCAAGGACUGGAUUGUCUAAAUAAAGAUAUUUUUCCCAAAGAAAAGCAAACUAUUGAAUGUGAAAUUAGAACUGCCAAUUUAAUGGGCAGGAACAAGGAAUGCCUUAUUAGGGAACAAGUGUUGGUGAAUGUAAAUAAAGAUGAAGGCAACAAAGGAAUACAGCAGUCUGAAAAGCAAAGCUGGAAAGACUUUAAGGACACCUCUUUAAUAGACUCUAUUUACCAAGGAAGUUAUAUGCAGCAUGUGGAGAAAAACAGCCUAGUAGAGAAGCCAGGUUUUGAGUUGAAUGUUGAUAGCCUUGAAGCUCAAGACCAUGGUGACACUAGAAUGGCACGUGUUACAGAGGUCACCAACCUCAGUGUUUCACCUAUGCACCACGUCCAGAAUGUAUUUGGAAUGGAGUUUUGCACUGCAUCUGGCUACAGUCAGGAAAAUGAAUGUGAGCAGGCAGUGAACUUUUCUCAAACCUUAGUAGAGUUUGCCAAUAAUGGUAUGUUAUUUUCAAGUAUCUCUGAAAGACUUGGGUGUGCUAGUUCUAACUCAUCGUUCCAUCAAAAUCUAAAUUCGCUUCCAACUAUGGUGACUUUUGAUAUUGUUGAUGUUGAAAAUGAAGGUGAAUGUGAUCAGCAAAUGAAACAUAGAUCAGACGAUAAUGUUGUUUCUUCAUUUGAGGGAUUUGACCACAGCUAUGUACAAGAGUCUUUGGCUGAGUGUGAUGAACAGUUGUUGCAGAUGGACACGCAGCAUUCUUUCCAUAGCUAUAACUGGGGAGUGGCUAGUCUCCCUCGUCACCUAGACCAGUAUAAGCUAAGCCCCUGCAGACCAGUUCCACUUUCCCUUAACAGGAGAAGCAAGUCUCUUGACACAGAAAGCUUGGAGUUGGAACUUGGUGGAUUACAUAUGUCUAAGAGUGGCUUGAAAUCAUAUGAUCUACUCACUCCUUGGGAACGAGGAAAGAAUACUUGGCAGUAUGAAGAUACUUGUGAGAUGGGAGAUGAUGCCAGUUUUAAUAGUUGUAGUAAUUUUGAGCCCAUUGUUCAGACUAAUGGGCAGUGUGAAACCUAUACACUAGUUCUGUCUUCAAAGCAUGGCCAUAGCAGAGAGCCUCAGGGUUCUAGUUCAAGUAGCCAGCUGCCAGGAGACCCUAGACAGAUGGCAAAGACAACUACUGAGCUUUUGCUUUGCAACACUAGGCAGUCCCAAGAGGGAUCCAACUCCUGCUCAUACUCCAGAGAAAACACUACAAAGAAAUUAGCACGUGUUCUACCAAUGGAGGAACAGAGACGGGUGGAGAAAAACUAUGAAUAUCAUGCAACUAGCAAGCAAAUAAAGACCAAACCAGUGGGCAUUACUCAAGCAAUGCCUCAAAUGCAUAAAAAAGAAGAAUGUAACCCAUUAACAUACCUACUGGAAAGGUCUGGACCUGCCAAGAAGGGUACUUUGGAGUAUAAGGGCACAUCACCCAAUGACUGGAGUAAUAAUUAUAGUGAAUGUUCUAAUGGCUAAGUAAUUUUGCUGAGGCUGCUUUUUCUACUAAGGCUCUCCGUUGGCCUAAAAGACAAUUACAAAAUGGGAACAAUUGCAGCCACACCAAAAACUAAAGUCAGAUGGUAUUGUACACCUUUGAAACUGCAAGGUUUUGUUUUUAUUUAUUUUACUUGGUUCAUCGAACAAUGAGCAUAAAUUAUGUACCUGUCUUGUGAUUCUGUAUUUUAUCAGAUUUGUUAUUUUUUUUAAUUUUUUGGCUAUCUUCAUUUUAUACUUCCUUUGCUUCUUGACUUCUAAUGCAAUUAAUAAACCACACCUCAGUGCUUUUACAUUUAAAAUGUCCAUUUUAAAAUAAGAAAAACCAUUAUGCACACACCCCAUGUAGAUGAGCCUGUGCUGUAUGGCCGUCCCAUAUAUUUGGCUCCUCUUUUGUGGCACUGAUAUUCCGGUCACUUAUCCACAUGAACGGUUUAUUAUCUGGACUAAUACCUCAAAGUAUGUCUAUAUAACCAAGAAAAAUUAUAAAUCGUGCUGCAGGAUUACGUGACUUGGACUUGUGCAUUUAGACAUUGGCACUGUUGCAUUCCAAAUAGCGAUUGUAUGGUAUAAAAGUAUACAGUUAUAUGCAGAACAGAAAACAUUUGCUGCACUUUAUAGUACAUAUACACGGUCGAGUCACAUUAUUAUGACCACCAGCUAAUAGCCAGAGUAACCGCUGUGUGCAGAAUGGAGAGCAGCUAGACAUGCUGAGCUGCUGUUUUAGAUACUCGUCUGGUAGCCCCCAGGUUCAUGUGGACUGUGAGCUGCUCCACUAUAGCGUGUCUGUUUGCCCUUAUGCACCAAUGGCACGUGGUGCUUUGCAGUUUCCACGUCGGUUAUUCGCAGUGGUUUCAUUUGCCCAGUCACAAUGCACCUUCACCACAGCAGCACGUCAAUCGUUCACAAACUGCCCUGUUUCAGAAAUACUGCGACCCUUGGCCCUAAAGCCGAUAAUCGCCCCUUUUACAUGUGACUGCAACGAGUGAUAUGUAUGCAAACGGCCUAUCGCACACCUUAUACACCCACCAAGCCAGCGCAUGACACGUGACCAACUUCAUGGGAUACAGAAUGCUGAACUCGAAUGUAGGAGGUGGUCAUAAUAAUGUGCCUUGGGCGUGUAAUUACAGAGAAUAUGUUCCUUUGUGCAUUACUGCAUAGGGAGGAACCAACAAGUUCUCUACAGAUGUUUCCUCUUAGAUCUUAGCUGCAGUUGCACUGAACACCCCCUCUUGGCACACCAGUUCCUGUGAGACACUGCUAGAGGGGGGCGUUUUUUUUGCCGAUAAUGCGUCUUAGUCACUAUGCGACUAGGAUGCACCAAGAGACUGUGCUGAUUAGAUAUGAGACUUGUAUAUCUGUGUACAACUGAGUCAAUCUGCAUACAAACUGCUAUGAUGCAGCAGCCGUUGCUUUUUUUUCGUGUCACGUUCUUCUGUGCUUCAUAUACAGACUCAGCUGCACACAAAUAUAAAAGUUUUGCAUAUCCAAUUAAUCAGCACAGUCUCCUGGUGCAUCCUAGUUGCAUCUCGGAUAAGACAAAUUUUCAGCAGAAAACUAUGCCUGAUGCUCGCGCAGUUGAGCUCGUGCCAGUUGUCCCCCACUGUGUGGUGUAUUGAGGCUAGAUGUAUGAGGACACAUUACACUGAUCUGAUUGGUUCAUCAUGGAUGAAAACCCUGAUGUGCAUGAGCCAUAUCCUAGUUUAACUACUACCCAGUUUAGUUAAAGCACUACAUCGUUCAUUUACUAUACUGUUACAUGUGAGACACUUUAAUAUAUGCGGUAAAACACGUUAGGGAUAGAAGAUGAAAUGCUCCUUCUUGCGUCACAUAAUGUACAUUCUUGAUUAUAGUUGUCCUUUUAGUUUUCUAGUACACACAUGCAGAACGGUUGAUCUUUAUGUAUAAUAGUCACAGACCCCAAAUAAUCAAAAGAACUAUUUAGAAAAACAGAUAUAUAUCAAGUUGCAGAAUUUUAUGUAUCAUGGGGUAGAUUUAUCAAAUCUUGGAGAGAUAUAAAGUACCAAUCAAUCCGCUUCUAACUGCCAUUUUACAGACUGUGUUGGAACAAAUUACAGAAGCUGAUUGGUUGGUACUUUAUCAAUGUCCACGAUCCUGAUAAAUCUCCCCCUAUGUCUGGCAUUUGGAAUAUCAUUAAAGUUGAUCAUUACCACCAGCACUGGUAAUUGUGGAAUGUACCACCAAUGCAUCUGUUUGUAUAUAAAGUGACCUUGUAGUGGCACCCUUUCUUUUAAAAUAGGGUUAUGGGGGAUAUUUUUUAAAGCUCAUGGUAAUACUUAGUGGAUUGGGAACUUUUUUUUAUGUUGGUAUGUUCAUUGUCAUUUAUGCAAUGUGACUAUUGCAUGGCUAACUAAAUAUAUGUAAUAACAACAAUUCCACCUAAAAUGUUAUGAUCUAACAUUUCUGCUCUUUGAUCUUGUGAUGCUUUGAUUUACUGGGUCCUUCAAUGGAGCCAACAGUUCACUGCUGUAUUCAGGUCUCCCACUGCAAACACGGAAAAGUGUGGUUAUGGCCAGCUAACAACCCCAGCCCUCCCCUCCUCCCUUUAUACUCCCAAACAUGCAAAAGAGGAGUUUCAACAACAUCAUCUAUUUGAAUUCAGCCUACCUGUCUGGAGAAAGGCGAUUGGACUGUUGGUGCCCUUGGGGAAACCACUUUAUCAAUGGAUCAUCACACCAAAGGAAAGUACUACCAUCGAACUUAAAUUGCCCCCAAAGCUUUCAAAUUGUACGUUUUGAUUGGAAUUUACCUUAAAUAAGUUAUGUUUGUAAUAUCAUUGUAGAAACUCCCUGAUGACAUAUACAUGUUGAAAUGAUCUGUCUGCAGAAUUACUGUGUGACUGUAUGGUACUCUAUAAUAUUUAGUAAGGAUCUUUACCGAAUUUACAGAUACCACAUAACCAUCUCUGAAUUAAUGAUUCAUCUACCACAUGAAAAGUUUAAUUUGUCUGAGCUGUUCAUUAAUGCAUUUCAGCAAGUUAGCUGGGGGCAGGUUAAGAUCCAGUUUAUUUUGGGUAGAAAAACACAAUCUGUAAAAGUUAUGAGCGUGCAGAGGUGACACUCGCAUGUCUAUAUUAAGCUGCUUGGAACAGACUGAACAAAAGCAGCCUGCACACAGACCAGAUUGCUUUUUCUGAUCUCCCCCAAAAAUGCCUAUUGCAGGGGCCAAGCUGAUUGAAGGAGUUUCUCACAUCUGAUCUGCUAGCUACUUUCCUAUAAAGGAACAUGUAGUUAUUUUGAACAGGUUUCAUGUGAUUUAUGUAAAUGUACUGACCUAGAUGAUUAUUACAGUAACAAAUUGGUUUGGUUUGGGUUAGGUUUUUCUGCAUUUACUGUUCAUGAAAAUACAUGGAAACUGCAUAGGUAUGUACAGACCCAAAUGAUUUUUGGGUUUCAUCUAUACAGAUGUCGUGGGGGCUUUAUACUCCAUUUAUUACAGAAAAUAUAUCUAAAAUCAUGGAUAAGUACCCACAGUUGUAUUACUUCUCCAGCAUACAGAUAUGGCCACACUCCUCUUACCUAGCCGUGCCGGUUUGUGACUCAUUUGUGGUAGUGUACGCACCAUGCAACCAUGUGGGUCCGUAGGUCUGUAUGCAGUGCACUCGCACAUUCGGGGGCACACUGGUUGCAGCAAACGACCUGCGCUUGUAAAUAAUGGCGGGUCAGAGGAGCCUGGCCAUAUCUGUCGCUAAUGUGCAAUCGAAUGUUUUGAAGAUCUGCAUACAUUAUGGGGGAAAUGUAUCAAACCUUUGAGAGAGAGGAAGUGGAGAUGUUGCUUAUGGCUAGAAGCUGUUUGCUAUCAUUUUUCUAACAGUCUAAAACGCUGUAGCUGAGUGGUUAGUACGGACAACUUUUCCAAUGUAUCCAUUAUAGCAGUGAUAAGCAGCUUUAUUUAGUUUUAUAUUUCCGAACAUUCACUAUCAUUUAGGAGCAUAUUUAUUAUCAGGUUUUAGACACAAUAAUCAUAAUUUGUUAUUGUCGCUAAUCCCGGCUAUUGCAUCUCCGAUAUCUGCUGCAGUCCCCGUCUAGAUACAUUCAAGGAACACUGCACAUUUGCAGAUAUUUGGGGGUUAUCGCGCAACUUUUAUUUGUAAAUAGAUCCCUCAUUAACUGCCUGAGAGGCAUGAGAUAUAUCAUUCAGUAGCAGCCAGCAGUUUGUGUUUUCCACAGUACAUUCUACAACUGGACCAACCGUGUGGUUAAAAUUUGCCACAGAAGGAAACCAUUCUCUUACUGCCUUUAAUGUGUUACACAAAACAAUGAUCACAGGAUAUUUGUCUAUUUUCUGCCAUCCUAGGUUGUUCCAGAUUUACAAAUAACACUUAUUUCUGCUUCUUUUUCUAAACAAUGUAUAUAUAAAAAGUUACAUGUACAGAUGGAAGUGUAAUUUAUUACUGCUGUUAUUUUUAAUGAUGGGAUAACCUGAAAAAAUAAAGAAACUUGCUUACAACAA